AUGCCGGCUCCACCGAGCCACAUCACGGCUCAGAGCCUCAAGAGUGCCAAGGGCGAGGUGCUCAAGAGCUGGAUCAUUGCUGCCAAUGAGGCAGCUGGUGUCACGAACUACAAGAGCAAGACGUACCUGUCCAGGACAGGCACCAUCAACGAGCUGCGAGCGAAGCUGGCCGAACACUACAACAUUGAUCUUGAUGCGCCACCACCUGAUGCUGCGCAGCCCUCGUCAGACCUCACUGAGG